AUGGCGGCCAGGGUCGAUCUCGUCGACGGCAAUGGAUGCAUCCCGCAGGUGGUGACCGAGCUGUGCCACAUCAAGGAGCUGGUGAGGCAGCAAGAGGUGCAUCUCGACGGCUCCGCGCCCGACCUCUGCAAGCACCUCGCCUCGCAGAUCUCCUCCAUCGCCAACCGUUCCAUCAGCAUGCUUAGCGACGCCUCCGACGACCCCAUCUUCAAGGCCACCUUGAAAAGGAACAAGAAGAGGCAUGAGCUGAGGGCCUACAACCGCUGCACGCACUGGAACUCUCAGGGAUGUAAGGCGGUGAAGCAAGUGCAGGGCACCGAUGAGGACCCGACCUUCUUUAACAUCGUCUACAUAGGUGAACACACCUGCGUUCAGGGCCAGAGGGCGGCGGUGGCGCCGGGUCAGGCUGCCACGGACGCGCAGGCGCCGGAGUACAAGUACAACGCCAACCCGGGCGCCAGCAGCCUCCUGCAGAGCCUGAGCUCCAGCCUGACGGUGGAGCCAGAGCAGCAGCUGCUGGGCUGGGACGCGCCCGUGCUCUUCUGCUUCUCCUCCACGCCGGCGAUGGUGAGCGGGCGCCUCGUGCUGGAGAGCAGCCCCUUCUCCGCGCCGUCCAGGUCCAAGAACUGGGGCGUGUCCUCGGCGACCUCGGACUCCAACCACGUCGCCUCUUUCCCGCCUUUCGAGGUCGCGGGCGACGACGCGUUCUUCAGGUUCGACGAAGCCGAUGACUACGGUUUCCUCGACGACCUCGACAGUACAUCUGACGUCUUUAGCUUCUUGGAGUGA